CUCCUAGUAUAUUGUUUCUCUUGGGCAACAAAUAUUGAGAUUUCAUUUGGUUCCCAUAAAACAUGAUAGAAUAACGAUCUGAUGUACGAGUGAUGAUAGGCAUUUUACAGAUAUUUCUGUCAUUCUUUCUGAGACCCAAAUAGAGCUUAAUUAGUGUCCAAGAGAGCAAAACUCAUGAUAUAAGCACUUUUACUUGUAGAUAGAUGAGCAGAGUUUAACUCGAAAUGGUAUCCCUAAAAGUAGCUACAGUGCUACACUAACCUCCUCUUUCCUUCAGCUUGAGGAAGACAAGGUUCCAAUUUCAAGUGUAGCAGUAUCCUUGUUAGAGACUAUUUCAGAGAUCAUAGCAUCAGUGGAAGAAGCAGAAAACCAGAACUUAGUAAAAAUCGGGAGCUAUUUUUACCGGGUUUCUGCAGUUGUAAUGGAGUUACAGAACUCCUCAACCGAUGCAGCAAAUAUUUUCCAGUCUCUAUCCAAAACCAUUGAUUUGGCUAAAGAACUUGUCUCAAGAUGCCAAAAGCGUGCCGAAGUAAGGAGCGCUAUAGAGCAGCUUGAGGGGGUGAUAAAACACAUAGGAGAAGACCUAGGUUCAAUACCACCAUCAACGUAUGGAAACCAAGAAUCGCUGGAAAUUGCAGUUACCUCCCUUUCAAAGGAGAUGAAAAGUGUUCACAUUAAAGUUACUCAAAUAAGUCAAACUCAACUACCAGAGAAGAACGAACUUGAACCCCAAACUGAAACAGAUCUCUACUCCAUCAGUUCUGAAGAUUACAUAGAGAGUGUGCAGUCAUCUGGUAUUGCACGUCUCAAUCAGGUUGAACAAUUUGGAAGCAUAAAUAGAAAAGGCAAAUGGAGCCAAAGGCAUGGAAGCUCCAGAUCCUCGACAAACUUUCCACAAGUGACUCAGUACAUGGAACCUCAGUAUGAGACUUUCUUCUGUCCCUUGACGAAAAGCAUUAUGGAUGACCCAGUCACCAUAGAAAGUGGGGUAACUUAUGAGAGGAAAGCGAUUACUGAGUGGUAUGAAAAGUUUGAAAGUCCAGUUGAUGCUGUUUGCCCCCAAACAGGACAGAAGCUAGAGAAGAGAGCUUCGAGCACUAAUACAGCACUGAAGGCCACAAUAGAGGAGUGGAAAGAAAGAAAUGAAAUGGCAAGAAUCAAGGUUGAUAGGGCAGCUCUGUCACAGGCUAGUUCAGAGAGUAUGGUCUUUGAAGCACUUAAGGAUUUACAGAUCAUCUGUCACAAGAAGCAUAACAAUAAAUUACUGAUUCGAAGCAUGGAUAUGUUGCCAUUGAUAGGGAAGUUCCUGGAGUAUAAAGACAGAAAUGUGAGAUGUGCAACACUUGAAUUACUACUCCUACUGGCUGAAGAUGAUGACGAGGGCAAGGAGAUGGUGGCAAUGUCAGUUAACAUGCCAAUCAUAAUCAGGAUGCUGUCAAAUAAUCACCAACCAGUAAAGCACACAUCACUGCUACUCUUGCUUGAGCUUUCAAGAUCCCAAUCUUUGUGCGAGAAAAUAGGAUCUGUUACUGGAGGAAUCCUCAUUCUAAUAGCAAUGAAGUACAGAGAGACUUCUGAUGCCUUUGCUUCAGAUAAAGCAGAUGAAAUCUUAAGGAACUUGGAGGGAUCUCCAGAUAACAUCAAGCGCAUGGCAGAUAAUGGCCUCAUGGAACCCCUUCUGAAUCAUCUUAUUGAAGGUAGUGAAGAGAUAAAGAUGGAGAUGGCAAGCUACCUUGGGGAAAUUUCUCUAGGGGAUGACAGUCAAAUCCAAGUGGCUGAAAGGGCUUCUCCUUCUCUAAUCAAAAUGGUGCAAGAUGGAAAUUCGCUGACCACGAAAGCGGCAUUCAAAGCUCUAAAGAAGAUUUCUUCUCACUACCCAAAUAGCAAGGUACUAGUUGAAGCUGGAAUGGUAGAAGUCAUGACUGAAGAGUUGUUCACUAGGAAAAUCUACAAUGAGCAAAUGAACUCAAAGAAGGAAGCUGCCGCAAUACUUGCAAAUGUACUUGAGUCUGGCCUAGACCUAGAGUCCAUUCAAGUAAACUUGCGUGGCCACACAAUAGCUUCAGAUUACAUUGUGUACAACAUCAUCUACUUGCUCAAGAAGUCCACCCUGGAUGAACUCAACAUCAAUCUCAUCAGGGCACUCUUAUGUUUAACCAAGUCCCAAGAAGUAUCAGCUACAAUCGUCUCUGUGGUUAAAGAGACCGAAGCGAGCUACAACCUGAUGGAACUGAUCAAUAACGCAAAUGAAGAACUUGAAGUUUCAGCAGUUAAACUGCUCAUAAAACUCUCACCGUACAUAGGUCAUACCUUAGUAGAGAGAUUAUGCAAAACCAGAGGCCAACCUGAGAGCCUAAUCCAAAGUCCAACUGAAACAACCCGAAUAACAGAGAAGCAAGCAGUUUCAACAAAUUUCCUUGCAAAUCUCCCUCACAAAAGCCUUACACUCAACUUGGCUCUUCUCAACAAAAACCUUGUCCCUGCAGUCCUGGAAAUAAUAAUUCAAAUGCAACGAAGUGGAGUAAGAACAAGCAGGUAUGCAAAUUAUUACUUUGAAGGACUAGUGGGUAUACUUGUCAGAUUCACAGCUACGCUAUACGACCAUCAGGUAUUACUUCUUGCAAGAAACAACAACUUCACAUCAUUAUUCACAGAAUUGCUCACAAAAACAUCAAGUGAUGAAGUUCAGAUGUUAUCAGCAAUUGGGUUGGAGAAUCUCUCCACACAAUCCAUUAGCCUGUCAAAGCCACCAAAAGUAAAGAAACCAAAUUACAUUAAAUGGUCCUUUUUACCAAAAUGUGGAUCAUCUGUUUCAUCAAAGCAUAAAAGCACACCAUUAUGCCCAGUUCACAGAGGGGCAUGCUCUUCACAAGAUACCUUCUGUUUGCUGGAUGCAAAUGCAGUUGAGAGGCUUUCAGCAUGUUUGGACCAUGAGAAUGUUGAAGUUGUUAGGGCAGCUUUAUCAGCUAUAUGUACAUUGCUGGAUAACAAUGUUGAUGUAGAAAAGAGUGUGAACAUUUUGAACGGAUUAAAUACAAUUCAGUUUGUGUUGAAUGCGGUCAGGGAGCACAAACACAAAGAUCUGUUGCAGAAAUCAUUUUGGGUGAUUGAGAGGUUUUUGAUGCAGGGUGGGGAAAGAACUGUUUCAGAUAUAUCACAAGAUGGGUCACUUCAUGCUGCAUUGGUCAGUGCUUUCCAUCAUGGGGAUGGAAGCACAAGGCAGAUGGCUGAGAACAUCUUGGGGUACUUGAACAAGAUGCCAAAUUCCAGUACCAACUAUGCCACGGGAAGCACAAGGCAGAUGGCUGUCAUUAUGUUGUAGCAAUACAAUUGAUAGCAGUACAAGUGAUCAAUGUUUUCCACAGACUUGCCCUAACUUAUUUACUUUCGGUUAUAACAUUUUUUUGCUAAUUGCCAGAUCAUGGAUGUAAAUGCAGUGUUGGCUUACUCAAAUUUCUUUGAUUGAAAACACAGACAUAAACAAAUGAUGUGCACCAUACGUUAAAUUUCAGUUCAAGUAAAUAACGUUUUGGUCGUGUAAAACUUUGGAGCCUGUUUAGUUUAAAAAAAAACUCAAUUCAAGUAAAUAACAGUAUCUCUUUUUAUUUUUAUUGGCAAUUAGAUAACAUUAUCUUCCAAGAGUCCCUGUUAACUAACAGUAUACAAGAUUACUAAAUAAGUUAAAUAACAGUAAAACCAACUAUGCCAAGAGGACUUUGGCCCAACGGCAUUAGGGGUGCACUUAGGUGCAAGAAGAAAGGAGGUUCGGAGUUCAACUCCUCUUCUAAGGUGCUAAUGUAACUAUUCUAACAAUACUGACUUCUGCUGAUCCAAAAAAAACAACUAUCCAGAAACUUCUAUAAUUAGGUUGCUGUUGACUAAAUCCACAACUCUCAUCAAGAAGAUACCAUCAACAACAACAACAACAACAAUAACAGAACCCAUCUAGUCCCCAAUCGUUGGGGGUAUGGGUCGGCGAUGAUUGGAGACAGCCUAACCUUCGGCAAUAUAUGUACAAAGUGGUUGC